AGAGCUUGUUUGUGUUUUGGUUCUAAGGGGAAGUUGCGAGAAGAAAGAAAGGAGGAGACGUGACGGGAUUGUUGAAAUUAUUUUCUUUCUUCCCCAGCGUUACCUCAGCAAAGCUCCCCGGGUUUCGUAUGUAAAUACUACAACGGUAGUAUUAAGAGUUGAAAACAUCGUCUGGCUCUCAGCACAAGUCCUGAAAGUGAAGUUUGGCACACCAGGCACCAGGUGAUCUGUCAAGGUCAUGGCCAAUCGGGGAGGAGCUACAAGACCCAAUGGACCCAAUGCCGGGAACAAGAUCUGUCAGUUUAAGCUGGUGCUUCUGGGCGAGUCAGCUGUUGGAAAAUCUAGCUUGGUGCUCCGCUUCGUUAAAGGCCAGUUCCAUGAAUUCCAGGAGAGCACAAUAGGAGCGGCCUUCCUCACCCAGACAGUGUGCCUAGACGACACAACGGUAAAGUUUGAGAUCUGGGACACUGCAGGUCAGGAGCGUUACCACAGUUUGGCACCUAUGUAUUACAGAGGAGCACAGGCGGCCAUCGUGGUCUACGACAUCACAAACGAGGAGUCCUUUGCUCGAGCAAAGAAUUGGGUAAAAGAGCUGCAGAGACAAGCUAGUCCUAAUAUAGUCAUCGCUCUGUCUGGCAACAAGGCUGACCUUGCCAAUAAGAGGGCCGUCGACUUCCAGGAUGCCCAGUCCUACGCAGAUGACAACAGCUUACUUUUCAUGGAGACGUCAGCCAAGACAUCUAUGAAUGUGAAUGAAAUAUUUAUGGCUAUUGCAAAGAGAUUGCCGAAGAGUGAGCCUCAGGCUGCAGGAGCAACCAGUGGGCGUAACCGGGGAGUGGACCUGACAGAAGCUGCACAACCCGCCAAGGCCCCGUGCUGCAGUAACUAACAUGAAGAAUGCCUUCCCCAACCAUCCUGUAUAGCAGUAACUAAUGCGGCCCAUGCACCAAAUGCCACUGCAGUUACUAAUGCAAUGUGUUGUAGUCUUAUCUCCAAUUCUCUAAUGUGCAAAACAAGAAAAGAUGCCCUGUGGCCCCCCCUUUUUUUUUGAUUUGCAAACUCAUUGCCAUUACACUGAUCCCUGAACUCUGGCUCUGCCUCUUUUCCUCCAUCGUGAUUCCGCUGCUACCUGGUGAAGCCUUUUAACCUCUCUUUGAAACUUUCUGCCAACUAGUGUGUUACAUCUAUCUGUGGAUAGAUUAAAGAUAACAGAUUUGUGAGACAUUAGUGCACCCUGCCUUCCACCAUCUUCUGAAGUGUAGAUAUGAGUUUCUUUUAGAGGAAGUGGUCACUUCCCUUUUCUGGGAUAGCUCAAGACUUUACUACUGCAUUUCUGAUACCCAGCUUCAGUUUUGUUUGUUUUUGAUAAUUGUUGUACGUUAUAAUUUUGUCAAAAUUAUGAAUGCACAUAUAACUGUAUACUUACACGGCCUAAAAAAAGAAAACUGUUUUAUGUUUUGAGUGCAGCAGCACUGAAAAAAAGUCUAUAAGAGAAGAGGAGCGUUUUGUUGUAAAUCUGAGAAAGAGGAAAGGCUCAGGGCAGAGAGCAGGCAGAGGAACCCCAGAGCUCCCUAUCUCUGGUCAUUGGGACCUUUUUUAUCUGAAAGGUGAAAUAUUGUCGCAAACUCUAGUUCUUUAGAUUCUUACUCCCUGGUUCUGUCUGUCUGCCUGCCUGUUCAUCACUAUCCAUGCCCCCCCUCCCUUUACUGAACCCAAAGUAGCACUUGUGUACAUUCUCCUUCCAUCCCUGGGCCAGGCCUGCUUCUAGUUUUUCCUAGUGGCAUUGUGCAAUGUUUCACAGUAUUUAACUCUGUGACUUUAGUGUCUGCAAGGACCAGUGCAGCACAGCAAAAGCCUCCUGCUCCACCCAUCCUUCUCUAUAACAAGGUGCAGUGGCCUCUGAGGUACACCUGCCCCUGUCACCACUUCCCCAUCCCUUGUCCCAGUGUCCUUUCAUAAAUCUCGUGCACACCAUCUUUUUUGUAGUUAGACUUGGGUGUCCUGGUUUCUGCCUUUGGACAACAUAGUUUGUGCAUACUACCUUUUCCAUUGAGUUAAUGUUGCUGGAUCGCUGCAGGGUUUGCACAUGGUUAGAGGUGAUGAUAGUAGCAAGUGGGGGAGUUGCAAUAUGUAAGGUUACUUCAGAAUCACCUAGAAUUCUUUGCCAUCCUGCCCUGAUUUGGAAGUGCUUUUAGACACAGUCGUGUGUCAGGGGGUACAAAGUGGGCCCGGGCUGGCUGGUAACAGAUUACAUCUACAGGAUUCACUCACACGUGCCCAUUUACAUGUGUGUAUGUUUGAACACACAUUUGCACAUGAACACACACAUUUACCACAGAUUCUUCCCUCUGUACCCUGUUGAAUCUAACCGUCAUUGUACAGCCGCAUCCACUCACAGUCUGUUACACCACUCCGUCCCCUUUGUUGUACACAUACUUGUGUGUUUUUUUUCUUCCUUUGCACCAUCUCACUAAAAUGUUACACACACAUACAGAAGUAAAUACACACAUAUACAUGCAUACAUACAGUACAUGUGGUUAAUAACUCUUUUUACAGUUCUGUCUUACUCAUGCCUUGCACUAAUGAUGCUCAUGAAUAUGUCUUGUCAUAAUUACAGCCAGUGUGAUAUAAAUAUAUAUAUAUAUAAAAAUAUAAAUAUAUAAAUAAUAUACUGUAAAUAGGGUGUUGCCGUGUAGUCUACUUUUGUUGAUUUACCAGUGACAGGACUAAUGCUUGCUAGGGAGUUGUCCAGAUAAUCAGAAAAAAACUGUACAGUGAUCAAAAAACAGCUACAAUCUGGGUUUGGAGUUUUGUUGCUGUUCCUUUUUUCACAGAAAUGGUUAAAUUAUAAUCAGUGGUGGUCUUUAUAAAUGUAUGUAGUGAUAUUAACAAAAAAAAGAAAUUGCAUUUAUUUAGUGGUCUGUCUUGUACCAUUUUCUGAAAAGAAAAAAAAAUAAUGUCCAAAAAUUUUGGUUUCUAUUUUUUAACAUUAUCUCUUUCUUGCAUUUCACUAAUUCUUUAUCUUUUUUUAGUGGUAUCAGGCUGAGAUGUCCUGUGCAGUUACUCCUCCCUCUUAAAGUGGACCUGAACUCUUAGAGACACUGGUUGUAAAAGCUCCAGAGGGGUCCACUAGACCCUUUAACAUCUCUGUAACAUUGUGACAAUAUUGUAGAAACAGUGUAACAACUAUCAGCUGACACAAUGAUGAUUCA